GGGGCUUGUUCCUCCAGGACCAACCCUACCAUUUUAACCAGGGGUGUAAGCGCGAACGGGGUUGACAUUGGUGACUAACUGGCAAUGAGAGAAGAGGAGGGGAUAAGAGAGCCUAGCCAGUCCAGCAACACUGUUUCUUGAAGAAAGCUCAGCAGCACGGCAAGAGAUGCACUGUCCUGCCUCCUCUGACUGACAUUCCCACAGGAGUCAGACUGAAUGAUCAAGGGGAUACGGCUGGAUCAAACGUCAAAGGAUUCCCCGUUGGAUCUAUUUCACCUUUAUGGACAGCAUAGGACGUGGGCUUUUCUUGCUAAAGUCUUUAUCAUAGGUGCAUUAGAAGCUCUUUCGCUAAAACUUGAAAAGUAAAUCGUUUACAAGCCGUAAGUUUUGCGUUAAGUGCACUUAGUUGAUAUUUUUGAUUGAUUAUGAAGAAAAUCCAGACAGUGCUUGUAUUUGUCAGUGGUGUCAAUCUAUAGAUUCGCCGUUUUGUCUUAGAAAAAUACUGGACAUUUUUUCUGCCUCCGUGCAGGGUUUUUUUUUAUUUGCCAGUUGAUCUGUUCAUCAUAUGUUGCGAGUCACGUUUUGGAUAUCAGCGCUGGACUCUGCGCGUCUUAACUGGAAAACCUAAUUUUUUAAAUCUCCGUAAAUUAGCCUACACAUAAUUUGGUCCGCUAAUUUUGCCUCCGAGGCCCGACCCCUUCAGCAACAUGAGGCUCUUUCCAUCGCGAUUGAGUUAUCUAUUGCUUCACCUCUUUGCGUUCUGCUACUAUGCUCAGGUAACCAUUCAGUCCUCACCUAAUUUUACACAGCAUGUGAGUGAGCAAAGUAGGGUGACGGACCGGGUCAGCCGUAGACUAAUCCGGACCUACCAGCUUUACAGUCGAACCAGUGGCAAGCACGUGCAAGUUCUGCCGAACAAGAAAAUCAACGCCAUGGCAGAUGAUGGAGACGUUCAUGCCAAGCUCAUAGUGGAGACUGACACGUUUGGGAGUCGAGUACGAAUUAAAGGAGCUGAAACGGGCUUCUACAUCUGUAUGAACAGGAGGGGAAAGCUGAUUGGCAAGAAAAACGGUCAGGGGAAGGACUGCAUUUUCACCGAGAUAGUAUUGGAGAAUAACUACACAGCUCUGCAGAAUGUAAAGUAUGAAGGCUGGUACAUGGCUUUUACACGCAAAGGCAGACCCCGCAAGGGCUCCAAAACCAGGCAACAUCAGCGGGAAGUCCACUUCAUGAAGAGGCUGCCUAGGGGACAUCAAAUCGCAGAGCACAGACCCUUUGAUUUCAUCAACUAUCCUUUCAACAAACGGACUAAACGCACUCGCUACUCAGGCGAGCGUUGAAGAGUGACACUGGAGGAAAGAAACUGAAAGACAGAAAAAAACUUUCUCAAUUAACAGACUUCUCCUGUGGACUCCUAAAACAUGUUUUUGUACUGAGCAACAAUAUACCUAACCUUUAGUUUUUUAUGAAUUUUCAGAAAUUAAGAAAAAAAAUAUCUCAAGAUAAAAGAGAUCUAUUUUUGUACCCCUGACUUUUAGUACUGACCUGUGUAUAGAAACUAUAGAAAAUCAAAGCACGGGACAUUUAAGUGCUGACAUUUUAGUAGUGCGUGGACUUCUUCCAUCUUUCUUUCUGGUUUUGUUUCAUUUGAUUUUGACAGUUUUAGAGUAAUUUAUAACUCUUCAUAAUGCUGCUCAAGGGGACUUCAAGGGCCCGAGAGAGAAUGCACUGACAACACAGGGCUGUAUUCGGUUACACAGGCAGCCGGGGCACCUCUCGACCACCCAGUGAUAAGAUACCCAGCUCAUCUCUCAGUAACCUCUCUGGUUCUUGAUUCUGGAACUCUCUGAAGAUAAACAUGGUUAAAGCAAACAGAGCUUUAAAUACAUAUUUAAAUGUGGCAGCUACAUUUUCAUUAUAUCACAAGUUUCCUAACGUGGUUGAAACUUGUAAAUUCCAAGAUGUAUAAAUGUAUGAAACUGUAGGAAAAGCUUUGUUCUUUGUUGCAUUUUGUUUGUCUGUUUUUUAUACAAAUAUAAAUAUAUUUUUAUUUGAGGAUGUGUAAAAUAAUUUUAAUGAUGGAAAUAUUUAUUUAAAAACGUGUAAUAAAUUUACCUUAGG